AUGAAGAAACGACUGGAUGAUCAUCGUGAGUUAUUGUUGGGUGAUAGAAUCGAUAUUCACGAUGAUUCCGACUCCAUCUCUGAAUCCAGCCAGCUGUCAGGUUUCAACCAAUGGCCGCACGUUUUCAACCUAACCAAUUGUAUUGUUGGUGUAAGUGUACUGGCAAUGCCAUAUUGUCUUCAACAAUGUGGUAUCGUACUGGGCACGAUAUUGAUAGGUGCAUGCUCAGUGUUAACGAAAUUCACGUGUCAUUUCCUGUACAAAGGUGCAGUUUUAACAAGGCGGCGUAGCUAUGAAGCGCUAGGGUUAUAUGCAUUUGGCAGUAAAGGAAGACGUCUUGUUGAGAUAUUGAUGUUGCUUUAUUUGAUGUCUUCGAUUGUUUCUUUCAUGGUUGUUAUUGGUGAUAUUGGACCUCACGUUCUUGCUGAGUACUUGCAAAUGCUAGCGCCAACGCAACGAUUGCGAAUUCUUGUCAUGGUCUUUGUCUUUUUGUUUGUCAUUUUCCCACUUUCACUGGUUCGGAAUUUGGACAGUCUGUCGGUGAUUAGUAUUGAUGCUGCUUUAUUUGAUGUCUUCGAUUGUUUCUUUCAUGGUGGUUAUUGGUGA